AUGUCAACAGAUCAAAAUUUUCACAUAACUAGCAGAAUAGAACGACUUUUUAGGACUGACUCAUGGAACUAUGCCCCGAAUCCGGACAAGCAGUGGUUGUUGCAGAGGACGGGCAAGAUGGAACCAGUGCAUGUGGCAUUUACCGAUUUACUACAUCGCCGUCGUAUGCAGACAUUGCAAAGCGUUGACGACGGUGUUCAUCAGAUUUUCUCUACUCUUCGGGAUUACAACUAUCUGUCGUCCACCUAUGCCUUCUAUACGUCUGACCACGGUUAUCAUUUGGGCCAGUUUGGCCUCAUAAAAGGGAAAAACAUGCCCUAUGAAUUCGAUAUUCGAGUACCAUUUUUCCUACGUGGCCCAGGUGUUAUGAAGAAUUUCAGUAUCCGCGAACCUGUCAUGAAUGUUGAUAUAGCGCCAACCCUUCUUUCCAUAGCUGGCAGCAGUGUCCCUGAUCACAUGGAUGGCAGAAAUCUACUGGAGUUGAUAGCUUUGAAGAAAGCGGCGUUGUCAGGGAAAGUCAACCGAACAAAUCUCCCAGAUCCAUGGAGGGAUACACUUCUGAUCGAAAGAGGAAAAAUGCCAAAACUGCGGAAAAUUCGUGAUCGAUGGCUGAAUCAAAAGGAGCGCUACGGUAAAGAGGUUCGUCUGAAUGAGGCAUGUAGCAGACCGGAAUGGCAACGACCAUGCAGUGGAACACAGCUUCAUCAAUUCUGCAGCAUAGAAGAAUUCCUAGCGGACAUUUUCCAGCAAUGGUCCUGUUACCGUUCCAGUGACGAUCGAUGGAGGAUACUGAAAUGCCGUGACAGAAAAAAUCGACACUGUGGAUGUGAAAAACGACAGAAACGGUCCGCUAAAUGGAAUGAUGCUAAAAGUCAUGACGAAGAUCUCGUGGACGAGUUUAUUCAACAUGUUCAUGAAUACGAAAUACUCCGAAAUAAGGAAUGGUAUCAGGGCACAUUUGACGCACUGCCGGCUCGUCGACGUCGUAGCCUUUGUUCCUGUAGAAACCCCAGUCUGCACCCAUUGUUAAAAACUUCACAAGGACUUUCACAAGUAAUGCACGAACCGGAUAAGAUGAAUCCUAUACGGGAUCGUACUAGACCACCUCUUAGAAACGUACUGGCUCUGAAGCGUAUUUAA